AUGGCUGAAAACACUCCAAAAAAGCAUACCACUGAUGCCCACCUUGACGCAAUACAUGAUCCCGAUCAAGCCGCUUCGACUACGCCUGAAGAUAUCAUUCGCCAAGUCAACGAUCUGAAAGCCAAGAACAUCCACAACCUCGACCAAAGGGUCAACAAGUGGAUCGAAGUCAACAAACAUCUCGCCGAUUGCAACUGCCAUUACCUCCAAGUCACCCAAUACAGGCUCGUCUUCAGCGCUGGCAGCUCUCUCAUUCUCACCCGUCCUGACGGCAGCAUCAAUCACUUCAACACCGAAAAGAUUUUUCUAGCCAUGAAACUACUGGAGUUCGACAGANAGAGAGCUAUCUCACUUCGCGCCUUCUACGAUGCACAGAAAUCAUACUUCGGACUGAUUGAANAAAUGAAGGAGACGGAGAUCGAGAUCCAGCAGUUGCUGGGCAGUAUCGCGAAGGAGGGAGAUGAAGACCAUCCCGAAUUACAAGAAUCGAAAGGAAGAAUCGCUUUGCUGGAGCAAACUCGUACCCAGAUGAUGGAGACCUGGCUCGAGUUGUUGGAAGAGCUUUCCUGA